AUGAGUGCUGCUUUCGCAGGGAGGGCUGCCUUCUCAGUGAGUGCUGCCUUUGCAGGGAGUGCUGCCUUCGCAAUAAGUGGUGCCUUCGCAAGGAGUGCUGCCUUCGCAGGGAGUGCUGCAUCCGCAAGGAGUGCUGCCUUCGUAAGAUGUGCUGCCUUCGCAAGGAGUGUUGCCUUUGCAAGGAGCGCUGCCAUCGAAAGGUUUGCUGCCUUCGCUAGGAGUGCUGCCUUCGCAAGGAGGGCUGCCUUCGCAAAGAGGGAGUACUGCCUUUGCAACGAGUGCUGCCUUCCAAUAAGUGCUGCCUUUGCAAGGAGUGCUGUUUUCGCUAGGAGUGCUGCCUUCGCAAGGAGUGCUGCCUUCGCAACGAGGGCUGCCUUUGUAGGGAGUGCUGUCUUCGCAAGGGGUUUUGCCUUCGCCAGGAGUGCUGCCUUUGCAAGGAGUGCUGCCUUCGCAACGAGAAAUGCCUUCGCAAGGAGUGCUGCCUUCGCAAGGAGUGCUGCCUUUGCACAGAGUGCUGCCUUUGCAGGGAGUGCUGCCUUUGCAGAAAGUGCUGCCUCCGCAAGGAGUGCUGCCUUUGCAUGGUCUGUUGCCUUCGCAAAAAGUGCUGCCUUUGCAAGGAGUGCUGCCUUCGCAAGGAGUGCUGCCUUCGCUAGAAGUGCUGCCUUCGCUAGGAGUGCAGCCUUCGCAAGGAGUGCUGCCUACGCAGGGAGUGCUGCCUACGCAGGGAGUGCUGCCUUCGCAAGGAGAGCUGCCUUUGCAAGGAGUGCUGCCUUCGCAAGGAGGGCUGCAUUCCAAGGAGUGCUGCCUUCGCUAUAA